CAGUGGGCAAGCUCUCUAUCUCUCUCUAUUCACACUCAGUGCUGAAGGCUUCUCAGUGGCGGAGCGGUGGAAGUGAGAGGUGGUUUUGCUUUGAAAGAGGCGAGAAGGGAAAAGAGAAGAGACCACAACGAAAACCACAGAAUGGGAGUCCGCUGCAAGAGUAAAUCCUCCUAGAGACAGCGGACAGCAGUGGCCACUGUACAGCAACACUGUUCAGCAACAUACACAGAUCUAAGAUGAUUGACAGUCGGCUGUCAGCACAGAGGAGGGAGAUGAGGAGCCUACCCGCAGAAAGAUGCCAGCAUAAGACAAGUACCUACAUUGUGCCCUGCUUCCUCUUUGUGGAGCUGGUCAUCAUGGCAGGGACCGUUUUGUUGGCAUACUACUUUGAGUACACGGACACGUUCCCCGUGCACGUCCAGGGCUUCUUCUGUUUCGAUAAAACCUACUCCAAGCCGUACCCAGGACCAGAGGACAACAGCAAGGCUGCGCCCGUCCUCGUCUACUCCCUCGUCACUGCCAUCCCCACUGUGACGAUUCUGAUCGGAGAAGUUACCAGCUUCUUUGUCAAGACAGAGGGAGCUCAGGAGAAGACCAUAGUGACCGCUGACUGCUGUUAUUUCAACCCUCUCCUCCGUAGGAUCGUACGCUUUCUGGGUGUCUACUCUUUUGGCCUCUUCACCACCACCAUAUUUGCCAAUGCAGGUCAAGUGGUGACCGGAAACCAGACACCUCAUUUUUUGUCUGCCUGCAAGCCAAACUACACAGCUCUGGGAUGCCAGUCUCCGUUGCAGUACAUCACAGAGCGCCGAGCCUGCACAGGAAACCCAUACCUGGUGGCAUCCGCUCGCAAAUCUUUCCCCUCCAAAGAUGCAGCGCUCAGCUUUUACUCAGCCAUCUACACAGUGAUGUACGUGACCCUGGUUUUCAGGACCAAGGGGACCCGUCUUACCAAGCCCACCCUGUGCCUGGUGCUGCUGUCUCUGGCCGUGCUGGUGGGGGUUGUUAGGGUGACUGAACACAGAAACCAUUGGAACGACGUCCUGGCUGGGUUUGUCGCCGGAGGCGCCAUCGCUGCUUUUCUGGUGUCAUGUGUGAUCAACAAUUUCCAGCCGACCCAACUAGCGGGGCAUACUCUACCACCUCCACAGCGCCCAGAGCCCCCCAUCGGGAUCCCUAUGCUCAGCCUGCCCCGCGUGGAGAGUCCACUCGAAAAGCUCCAGGGCUACCGUAUUCUGAGAUCACAUGACCAUCAGCCAAUUCCGUCCCCCACCCCUCCCGAUGUGCUCCUCCCCUCACGGCGUUGCCUCACCAGCGCAGUCUAGACCUGCCCUCUGAAUUGCCCAAGCCCUGCCCUGCCCACCCAGAAGGACGACAUCCUCUCCGACGAGUCAAAUCCACCCAGGUCUGAAGGUCCACCAAUCACAGGAGACAGAACAGACAACACGCACACAUGCCGUGCCAAGCUGAAAGCUGUCAUCCGCUUAGGACCAAUAGGAGAUGGAGACAUGUCCUUUAUCUGUCCUGUUCUGUCCUGUUUGUCCUCCAAGUUGGCCUCCCUUUUCUUUCGGGUAUGAAAGACUCGGAUGAAAGACUCGCCAAAGCCAGAGCUGUUGAAGCAAUACUGUGUCCUAUUUCCUUGUUCUGCUGUUUUCCAUAAAGACUCAACAGUGAUUCUCAAGACUGUUGGCUGGUGAUGACUUGAUAAAAAAAGACACUUGUUCAAAUCAUGAA